CGAAGCCCAAGUCCACAUUGAAAAUAUUAUUUGAGACUACGUCUUCCUCUCUUUCCCCUCCACCGAAACAGAAGUUGCAUACUUUAUCCGAAUCUAGGGUUUCAUUCUUCUCUUCUCCCGAUAAAUCAGAUCCUCGAAACGCUACUCCUCGAAUCAGGUCUCAGUUUCUCUGUCGUUUGCCCAUCAGAUCAACAAAGUUUCAUGUCUGAACUUGAUUCCCAGGUCCCUACUGCCUUCGACCCGUUUGCUGAUGUGGAUGCUGAGGACUCAGGUGCGGGAACAAAGGAGUACGUCCACAUACGUGUCCAGCAGCGGAAUGGUAGAAAAAGCUUGACAACAGUCCAGGGGCUGAAGAAAGAGUAUAGUUACAGCAAGAUACUUAAGGACCUCAAGAAGGAGUUUUGUUGCAACGGAACUGUGGUUCAAGACUCUGAACUCGGACAGGUUAUUCAGCUUCAAGGCGACCAGAGGAAGAACGUAUCCACGUUCCUAGUCCAGGCUGGCCUUGUGAAGAAGGACAACAUCAAGAUCCAUGGUUUCUGAGCUGCUUGUGUUACAUUUCCCCUAGGCCGUUUGCUACAUUCUGCUCUAGUGGAUCAUUACUGUUAUCCUCCCUGUUCCAAAACAUUUCUUCAACUUUCAUCUUUGAUCAAUUGUUACUGUUUUUUUUUUAUAUUCGCAAUAUGAUACUAAGAGACUACCAUCUUAUGUACUUUGGGUUUGCCACUUCUUUAAUAUGAAAAAUUUAAGAAAUCUUCAUUAA